AUUUCAGCGAGCCCUCUAGCUCACCGGCCCUGUCCCAAUGGCUACCACGAGAGCAUCCCAGCGAGUAAAACUUGGACAGUUUCUCCUGGAGCAGCAAGAGCCUUUCAUCUUAGAGGUUUACCUUUCAGAAAGAGGGCUUGUAAAAAAAGGCUACAAGUCAGAAGCUAACUCUGGUUGCUGCUGCAGCAACUCAAGCAGGAAUAGAAAGAGAAUUCCACACGGUUCCAAGGUUCUCAGAGCUGUAUACAACAAGCUCAUAUCAAGAAACAAGAAUUCUGAAAAUAAAGAUGGAAAGCCAAAGCAUAGGAAUAUCCAGGAGCAGGAAGGUGCAGAACCAGAUAGAUUUUCCUCAACAAGCAGCAUUACAGUGUAUAAUUCAUGCCCUGACACUGAUAUAGAAGAACCAUCGACGACUGUAAACAAUUCCCAGUUCGAUGAUCAAAGAGAAAAAGAGGCGGAUACAGAAGGGAAGUUCCAAUGGAACGGAAUGGAGGACAGCAAACAACAACGCCCUGUGUCGGUAUUAGAAAAAUUACCUUGUUCGAGAACUUUCCCACUUCAUCAGGAAACAGAAGAUUUUAUGAUUUCAGAUUCUACCUCAGAUUUUCUUCUUCAAUCCACAACAGAGAAAUCAGGUUUUGCAGGAACAAGAGAAUUUCAAGAGCUCGUGUGGAUUAAUCCUCAGUCACCGUUUCAGUAUUUGAUAUCCAAAAGGGUUCUGCAUCAAACAAAGCAGCUGCUAUUCGACUGUGUAAGGGAGCUAGUCCAAAGCCAUGAGGGAAAAGAAAGAAGACAGUCGGAUUCUAAGGAGGUUUUCGGUGCAGGUGAGCUCCGGCAGCUCCUAUGCGUGAAGUUAGAGGGGUGGGGAGAACAAUCCGUUAAGUUGUUGGAUUCAGAUUUCGUUAAUUCUUCACCUGAGUGGAGUGACUUUGAUUCAGUGAAGAGGGAUCUUGGAUUGGAAAUCGGAGACGCCAUUUUGGAAGAUAUCACCGAGGAAAUUAUGAUAGAUAUGAAUGAUCUUAAGGCUAGGAUGAAAGGUCAGUUUUCACAAUAAUUUUAUUUGAUUAAAUUAACAAGGGUCGCCUGUAAAAUUAACAGGGAUAAUUUAGAUAGAAUGAAGGUUCUAAAUCUGU